AUGGCGACCAGAGGAUUUGAAUACUCUCUAUCACCCGGGAGUUCAUCAAUUCCUUUCAUGUUUGGAUCUUCGGCUUCUUCGCCACCAACACCUCUCUUCGGUGUCACUGCGGCUGAUGCACCUACGCCUCUCUCCGGCGUUGCUGCGGCUUACGCGCCUGGGACUCCAUUGAACAGCACCUCGGGUUACGUGCCUAGGCCUAAUUUCUUUGGCACCACUGCGGCUUGCGCGCCUGCACCAUCCUUCCCUGGCACUGCGACUUAUGGGCCUAUUUCUUUCUUCCCCGGUCCCGCGCCUUUCCUCGGCAGCAGUGCAGCUUACCGGCCUACGGCUCUCUUCGGCACUCCUACGGUUCGUCCACCUACGCCUCUCUUCGGCGCUCCUAUGGUUUGUCCACCUACGCCUUUCUUUGCAAUCCCCGCGCAAUCUUCUGUACUGGAUGCGGAUGCGUCUUUCAACACUCCGGGCAUAGCAUUUACUCCACCCACGCUUUUCAACACUCCGGCUGGAAAUUCUACUUCGAAUUUUGUUACUCCGGCAACUUCUUCAACGACUCAAUCGUCCUCUGCAUCUCAACUGUCACGUGUGUUUUGCAGCGAUGCUUCGUCUUCUUCGACCACCGGUGCAACUGCCCUAGCACAUACCACUAAUUCUGCUGCUGUAACCGUGCCAUUUUCAUCACGACCAACUUCCACUACCAAUUCCGCAGCAUAUCCCCGUUUUCACUUAUUGUCUUCAGACGCAUCUGUAACAACUCCUAGACCUUCUCUAAUUCCUAACUUUGGAGAGUGGGAUAGGCCAAUGGAAAUAGCGGGCCAAUUUGACAGUUUUAAUCUUAUGUUGAGACAACGUAUGAAACAGAAAUAUGCUACUAUGGGAGAGAGGGAUCAACUUUAUGAGAGAGUAGCAAGGGCAGAGGUUGGGAGAGAUUGGGCCCUAAGUGAGAGACACCAAGCUCAAGCAGAUUGGGAUAGUCUGCAGAUCCAACAUGAUGAGGCUCGCGAGAGGGAGAGACAAAUGCGGAUAGAGGUGCAACAACUAUAUGCUAAGAUAGAUGCACUUAAAGUGGAGCAGGAUCGUGUGCGAGGAGAGCUCGAGAAACUUCAUCAGACAGAGGUGCAACAACUAUGUACUAAGAUAGAUGCACUUACAGUGGAGCAAGAUCAUGUGCAACAAUUGUGUGCCAAGAUAGAUGCCCUCAAAGUAGAGCAAGAUCGUGUGCAACAACUAUGUGCUAAGGUAGAUGCACUCAAAGAAGAGCAAGAUCGUGUGCGAGGAGAGCUGGAGACACUUCAUCAGAUGAGAGUAGAAGAUAUACAAGUAUCGCAGAGGAUGGAUGCAUUGACAAUGGAGAAUGCUAGCUUGACAGAGGCAUUAACGCAAGCAGAGGGGCACCGAGAAGGCUUCGUUUUAUUGUAG